CAAGUGCGAUGGGGGCACAGCUAACAGAGAACGGCCCCUCCGUCUCCUCCAUCCUCAGGAAUAGCACCUGUCUUUUCUCGGGCGUGCCUCGCAACUUUUAUACACCAUCGAGCCCCCUUUCCGCUCUGCACGCUGCGCCUAUCCACACGGACGCCUGCAAACUGUACAGCACGCGUGAAGCUACGGAGAACUCGGGCGGGGAAGAUGACGAGAAGGAGGAGCAGGAGGAGGAGGAGGAGGAGGAGGUCCAGAUGCCCCCAGGCAGCCCAGGCGGCCUGCGCUCGGCUCUCCGGCCUCCUGCCGCGACGCUGCUCGGACCUCGCCUGGAGGGGGGCCCGGGCUGCCCGCCGGGGCCUCUGGAGACCCGAAACGGUGCGGCGGCAGGUCGGGCCACAGUUUUGCCCCAGCGGCCACUCAGAGGGCCGGGCCCAGGCCCCG